AUGGCCGAGUUGAGUGUUUAUGAACUAUGGGCAUACGAUGCUACCAAGGCACUAGCCAUAGCGAUUGAGAAAGUAGGGGAUACAAAUAUUGGCUUUGAGAAGGAAAAUGCGGCUAGAAAUCUGACAGACCUUGAAGCACUUGGAGCUGAUGCCCAACUACAAUCAUUAGUUUAUCAGAUAAUUAAUGUGAUUGACAAUGGGGAGAGAGUGGUCGGAUUCUGGAUAGAAGAAAAAGGAAUGCGUAGGGAUUUGAAUUCCAAAAAUCCAAAUUCAAAUUCCAUUGUGAAUGCUAAUUUUAAAGCUAUCAUAUCCCCAGGUGAUAUCGCAUCUCCUCCAAAAGGCUGGGCGAUUCUGACAAAUGGCAUAAAGCUAAGAAUUGGAGUACCAGUUAAGGAUCGUUUCCCAGAUUUUGUAAUGGUAUCCUGA